CAUUCAUAGGCGCCAGUAGCGCCCUGAGGGACCCUUUCCAAGAGAGGGAAGCUAAGAUCCUGCAAAAAUGGCGGCGCCCGUUCUAAACGUCGCCCUGCGCGGAUUCCGGAAGAGCAGAGGCUUUAGUACUACUGCUGUCCUCUGCAAACUGGGUGUACCUUUGGGACCAAUGCCUAAUGAAGACAUUGAUGUUAGUAAUUUGGAAGCACUGGAAAAAUAUCGUGUUUUCACUCGCUAUUUCAAGGUAGCAGAAAAAGAAAAUAAAAAAACUCCUUGGUGGCGAACAUAUAAGAAAUACAUCACUCCAGAGGAAGAUAAAGAGGCAAAGAUUGACAUUGGUCUGCCCAGUCUUCCACUAUCACGAAAAAAAAUAUGUAAAGACAGAAAGGCUUUUAGGAAACAAAAUUUAACUAAUCCAGAACUGGAAAAGGCAUCCUGGCUCAAAACAUUGCAGAUUCCACUAGAUGAUGUCAAAGCUGAAUGGGAAAGAACCAGUGGCCCAUAUCACAAGCAACGUUUAGCAGAACACUAUGGACUGUUCCGGGACUUAUUUGAUAAUGCUAUGUUUGUUCCCAGAGUGCUUCUAAAAGUGGAAUAUAACCAGGAUGAAAAUUAUGUUAUGCCAGUUUAUUAUGGAAAUGUGGUUACUCCCACAGAGGCUUUUAAUCCUCCUGAAGUCUCAUUUGAAGCAGAUGAAGGAACACUUUGGACAUUGUUGCUCACUAAUCUAGAUGGGCACCUGUCUGAUGGCAAUUUGGAGUACGUCCACUGGUUGGUGGGAAACAUUCCGGGCAACCAAAUAGAGGCAGGGCAAGAAAUCUGCCAUUAUUUCCCUGCAUUUCCAGCCAGAGGAACAGGAUACCAUCGCUACGUCUUCCUUCUAUUCAAACAGCACCAGCCAAUUGAUUUCACUGAAGAUGUGCAGCCAACGCCAUGUCACAGCCUCAAGAUGAGAACCUUCAAAACAUUUGACUUCUACAAGAAGCAUCAGAAUGACAUGACACCAGCAGGACUGGCGUUUUUCCAAUGCGAGUGGGAUAAGUCUGUUACAAACGUCUUUUAUAACCUUCUUAACAUGAAGGAACCAGUGUUUGACUUUGUUCUGCCACCCACAUAUCAUCCUCCCCAGAAGAUAUAUCCACACCGUCAGCCUCUGAGGUACCUGGACAGGUACAGGGACAGCGAUGAACCCACCUAUGGCAUUUACUGAGCAGACGAACAUACUUCUUUCCAUAGGAGAUCUGAACAGGAUAAUUUGUGUGUCUGGUUUCCCCUCCUCCCCAAAAAAAGAACAGUAGACCAUAAAAUAUCAUUGAAAGUGAUCCAGCUUACCACCCACUUGGAAGAAAUUCCAUCUCUCUUGUGUAUAUGUGACUCAAAUGUUUUGCUGAUUCCCCUCCCCCCAGUAUUUGAUCAAGAAAACUUGAAGAAUAAAAUAUUUUUAUUUGAAUAAAAUCAGACAGUACAUUACAUGCAAAGUAUUCGAUUGCUACAGAAGCUAGACUAUGCAUUAUCUUUCAUAUUAAAGAAGAAAGAAAAGCAUGAUUUCAAAAUAUUUGAAAACAGUUUCCUGGGAAGAAGCACAUGGAAUCACUUGCAGGCAUAGGCUGCUGGGACUGACUUGCAUAGGCGUGGGCAGCACCUUCCCUCUAGUUGCAAUGUUCCCGCUUUAAAGCCUCCAGCUAAGAUUGUAUGGAAGUGUUUUCCUCUAAGCCAGCCUUGACUGCUGAUGACUAUAUAAACAAGUCCCUGCAGUUUCCUUGGCAAGAUUUUCAGAAUUGGUUUGCCUUUUUCCUAGUGCUGAGGGUGGCCUAACUGACUUUGGACCUAAGGCAGGACUAAAACUCAACCGUCUCCAGGUAUGGAGACCAAUGCCUUAACCACUAUACCCGACAGUCCCUCAGGGCCCAACUAUGAUUACAAUUGAUAAUUCUUCAGGGGUGGGGAGUUACUGCUUUUGAUGGUUUUUAUAUUGUGUUUUUAUUUUUGUAAUCACCUGGAGUCACCGAUAGUGAGUUGGGCAGCUACAUAAUUUUUUAAAAAACUAAUAAAUAAAAAUAAAGAGCAUUCUCAAGUUCAAUACAGAAUGAAGUACAAUGGAUUUGUCCCACUAGCUAUUAAGAUUGACAAUUAAGUGAAAGAUUUACCAUACUAGACAUGCUCACCAACAAUUUUAUGUUUAAUGAAAUCAAUUUUUGUUCACCGACGGGAAAUCUAGGAAUCCAAAAAUGAUGUCAGAUGUUGAAUGUGUUGAAACAUGCUGAAAACAUUUGUUUGAUUAUCAUUUUUGUAUCUGUUCCACUUUUACAUGCUAAAAUAGGUUUCAUAGCCAUUAUAAUUAUCAUUAUUGUUAGAAUAGCAAUAGCACUUAGACUUAUAUUUCGCUUCACAGUGCUUUACAGCCCUCUCUAAGCGGUUUACAGCAUCAGCCAGUGGUGGGCUGUUCCCAGUUCUGUCUGGUUCUAUAGAACCAGUAGUAAAACUGGCGGGAGGCUCUGCCCACCCGCCUCAACGUCAUCAAGAGGCUUCUAAGCAUGUGCAGAAGCGCAAGCAAAGCGAGCACGCAUGUACACUCCCGUUGCAAACCAGUAGUAAAGGUAAGUAGAACCCACCCCUGGCAUCAGCAUAUUGCCCCCAACAAUCUGGAACCUCAUUUUACCUACCUUGGAAGGAUGAAAGGGUCAACCUUGAGCCUGGUGAGAUUUGAUCUGCCAAAUUGCAGGCAGCUGGCAGUCAGAAGUAGCCUGCAGUAUUGUACUCUAACCACUGUGCCACUGAAUACUUAGAUCAAUGCUCAGAUUUACUUCUUUGCCAAUCACAUUUUUUUGGAGCAAUUAAGAAUUAAGCCACUGAAGGAUUCAACCACUCUUCAAAAACGAGCAUAUCCAAUCUAGCAUUAUGGAUUUACAUUAAAGCCGCCUUCCAUUGGUUUUGUUUUAAUUUAAAGCCAUUGCCAAUAAUUGCAAACAAUUGUCUGAAUAUUAAGUGCUAUUUGAAACUUACUUUAAAUCAUACCCUCAGGAUUUAAUUAAGGACGAGACAUAUUGCAGGAACAGCUUUAUACAGCAAUUUUAAAGAAACUAUAUGGCAAUAUUUAGAGGAAGAUAUAUUCCAUUAUUUACAUUUAACCUGAGUUUGUAAAUUUUUACAUUUAAAUAUUUAUACUUUUUAGAAAGUCCUUACUGAUUUUGUUAGUUUCCUAGCAGUUUAACAAAUAAAAUUUAUUAUGUUACUCUUCUCUUUUUUAUAAGUUCUAGUGACCCUUUGUAAUUUAGGAUUGAUUUAACUAUGAAGCCCAAAAUUUAAAUAAUUUUCAAAAAGUUAGCCAAGGUCUUUGAGAGAAGAAUACUGAGGAUUCUCUGCAAGAUUUUGGUUAUUUUUUAAAAAAGAAUAUUUUUUUGACACUUGUAAAAGUUACUGUCUCAUAAGAACUGCAUCUUUUCUAGUAAGUUCAGGGGCUAAGCAAGCAUUGCCAUUUUUUUCUGCUUCUACAAGGGAUUAGAAUUGUGGUAUCUUGAGCAUUUUGUUUGAUAGGGUAUGGAUAGAUUUGUGGUUUAAUUAUGAGAAAAAUGAAAAUCACCUCUUUGUACCUAAUCUGUGUUUGACAUACACUAAGGGUAAAGAAGUAAUUGGGCAAAUAUAAUUACCAUUAUUUCUCAUUUGUGUUUGCGUCCACUUAAGUAUCCUAGAAUUGUAGAAUCUGGGAGAUUUUAGUUUCUAAUCUGGCCAAUCUUGUCUGAACUUGGUGAUUCAGAAGCUUAUUGCCAUCACUGCAUUGAAGUCCGCUCAGUUCCAGGAAAGACUUAAACCAGAAGUUUCCAGCUAACUCUUACUGUUUUACCUCAUGGAGACCAAUCCAAAUAAUCACUAUGGAUCGGGUGUUGACCUUUGGAAACUUACACAGAUAACUGCUAAAGAAACAAACAAGCCUUUACAUAUUAGCCAGCAAAACAUAUGGGCAAAGCUAAAAAAUUCCAAAAUGGGAUGGAGCCCAUUAAAUAGCUAGCAUGAAUAUGUGUUGUCGCCCAAGUUGGGGUGUAGGGUUAUUUUAUUAUUUUUAUUAUUUUUAUUUCUUUUAUAUGCUGUUUUUAUAUCCUUGAAAGCUGCCUUGAGUCGCCAUGUGCAAGCAGGUGGCAAUAUAAAUUUUCUAAAUAAAUAAAGAUUGGGCAGGAUUUAGACCAGGAAAACUCCUUUAGGAAAAUUGUCCAGUCAUCACAAUUGAAGUGUCUGACUGGGAUCAAACUCUGAACAAUGAGCCAUAACAUCAUUUAAUUUUGGUUUAAGGUAUUUAAGGGCCGUGGUGGCUCAGGCUGUAAGUUAGCCUGUUAUUAAAACACAGCAGCCUGCAAUUACUGCAGGCUCGAAUCCCACCAGGCCCAAGGUUGACUCAGCCUUCCAUCCUUUAUAAGGUAGGUAAAAUGAGGACCCAGAUUGUUGGGGGGGCAAUAAGUUGACUUUGUAAAUAUACAAAUAGAAUGAGACUAUUGCCUUACACACUGUAAGCCACCCUGAGACUUCGGAGAAAGGCGGGAUAUAAAUGUAAAUUUAAAAAAAAAAUUAUAUGAGGCCAACCAUUCUGGUUUAUGUACUUGGGAUUAUGCUUUAACUCAAUGUGGGAUCCCAGCCAUUUACGGAUGAUUCAACAAAGCAUAGUUAGAAAUAAUGAAUUAGCCUCUGUGGGACAAGGAGGAGUGACUUGUGGACAGUGCAGUAGAGAAUUGACUAGCAUGUAACUGAAAACAAAUGUUGGACUCUGGAGACAUAGAAAUGUUUCUAAAGUUUAUUCUCCCCUUCAGCAUUCUGGAACAGGAUUGGCAAACAAAAUCUGAAUCUUUGGAGAUUUAGCCAGCCAGACUAAGAACUCAGAGAAACAUCCAAAAUGUAAUAAAUAAGUAAUAAAUAUAAUAAUAAUGAUGAUGAUGAUGA